AUGUUCUUGCUGCCGGGUAUCUUGAUUACUUAUUACGUGACCCAUACCCCUAUCCCCCCUGAGUAUGCGACAGAGAUCAAGCGUUACUUGUUUGCUCGUCAGCACCCGGAGGACGGUGGCUGGGGUCUGCACAUUGAAGGCCACAGCUCCGUCUUUGGUACUUCGAUGAACUAUGUGGCCCUCCGCUUAAUCGGUGUCAGCGAGGAAGACCCGCGGAUGAUUAAAGCUCGAGGUCUUCUGCAUAAAUUCGGAGGUGCCGUCUACGGGCCUCACUGGGCCAAAUUCUGGCUCAGCAUUCUAGGUGUCAUGGAAUGGGAGGGUGUCAAUCCGGUCCCCCCUGAGAUUUGGCUUCUUCCCGAUUGGGUCCCCUUUGCGCCUUGGCGGUGGUGGAUCCACAUGCGCCAGGUGUUCCUUCCCAUGUCUUGGCUGUGGUCCAAGCAGUGGUCUCACCCUCUGGAUGACCUGACACGACAGUUGCGAGAAGAGUUAUACACCCAACCCUACAGCUCUGUCGAUUUUGCUGCGCAUCGCAACUCUAUUCAUGAGGCGGACAAUUAUUAUCCCAAGACAUGGGUCUUGAAUGCCGCCAACGAAAUGCUGGUUCGGGUCUGGAACCCUUACCUCCGCCCUUCCAGUCUUAUCAAGCGAGCUGAGGAUUGGACCUGGGAGCUGAUUCGCAUGGAAGACGAAAAUACGGAAUACGCGGGGCUGGGACCCGUCAAUAAUCCGAUGAAUAUGGUGGCUUGCUACCUGCACGAUGGCCCUGACAGCGAAUCUGUCCGCCGGCAUAGGGAGCGGUUGGACGACUACAUGUGGGUGAAGGGCGAAGGCAUGCUUGCAAAUGGCACAAACGGCGUUCAAGUCUGGGACACUGCAUUCAUCACCCAGGCAAUUGUUGUCGCCGGUUUCGCCGACCAGCCGAAAUGGCGGCCGAUGCUGACAAAAGCUCUCGAGUUCCUCGACGACCACCAGCUACGGGAGAAUGUGCCGGAUCAAGAGAAAUGCUACCGUCAACACCGGAAGGGUGCCUGGCCAUUCAGCACCAAGGACCAAGGCUAUACAGUCAGUGACUGCACCGCUGAGGGUCUCCGGUCAACGCUCCAGUUGCAGGAGAUGUACAAUUUCCCGAAGUUGGUUUCCGAAGAGCGUUUGAAGGACGCAGUCGACUGUCUUCUGCACCUGCAGAACCCAAGCGGCGGCUUCUCCGAGUACGAAGUCACUCGCGGCUCCCCCAAGCUCGAGUGGCUGAAUGCCGCAGAGGUCUUCGGCGGAAUCAUGAUUAGUUACGACCACCCAGAAUGCACGACAGCAUCCGUUACCGCGCUUUCGCUGUUCAGCCAGCUUUACCCCGACUAUCGCGCCGAGGAGAUCCGCCUCGCGAAGCAGAAGGCGGUUGCUCAUAUCAAACACACACAGCGCGCCGAUGGCAGCUGGUAUGGUUCUUGGGGCAUCUGCUUUACAUAUGCGGCAAUGUUCGCGCUUGAAAGUUUAGCCAGCAUCGGCGAGACAUACGAAACGAGUGCUGACUCCCGCCGGGGCUGUGACUUCUUGAUUGAGAAGCAGCAGGCAGACGGUGGAUGGGGCGAAUCGUAUCUCAGCAGUUCUACCCAUCAGUAUGUUCAGCAUGAGAAGUCCCAGGUGUGUCAGACUGCCUGGUCCCUUCUGGGCCUUAUGGAGGCAGGCUACCCUCACAAAGAACCAUUGGAGCGGGGUAUUAAGCUGCUGAUGUCGCGUCAGCAACCCAAUGGGGAGUGGCUGCAGGAGGCGAUUGAGGGUGUUUUCAACCAGUCCUGGUAA